AGUUGGCAGUGAGGGAUAAUGAGGAGAUUAACGGAGGAGGGGGGAAGGGAGAGAUAGUUCUAUUCAGCCAGCACUCAUGGUGGAUUGCACUGCAAUACGUUCGGAUGCGUAAUAUUCCUAAUAAAAGUACAGACGACUGACACCAACAAAGCAGCCAUGCGAUUGGUCAGCGUGUCAGGGGCUCGGCCCCGCAGGGCAGUGGAGGAGGAAAACAAGGAGCCCCCGCCACCCCCGCCCCCCUCACACCACUCCAACCACCAGUUUGCCAGUAUGAAGAAUAAGUUCUUCAAUGAGCUCACACACUUGCCCAACCAUAAACUUGGGAUGCCCAUGUGGGCGGUGGGUGCCAUUGUUGUGGUGGUCCUCGCCCUUGUGGUCUGCAUGGGCUUCUGCAUCUACAAGAAGUGCUUCAACAAGGGCAAGAAGCCUAAGAAGGUCAGAGAGAGGAAGGGUGGACGAGGACGAAGGAAGAAGGAAACCGAUGGAGAGGAGGGAGACGAAAAGAAGGAUGGAGAGGAAGGCAAACAAGAGGAGGAGAAAGAGUACUUUGGCAAACUGGAGUACACACUAGACUACAACUUCACUGACAACCAGCUGAUAGUGGGCAUCCUGCAGGCUCAGGACCUGGCCGCCAUGGACAUGGGCGGGACUUCAGAUCCUUACGUUAAGGUCUACAUGCUGCCAGACAAAAAGAAAAAGUUUGAGACCAAAGUCCAGCGCAAGAACCUCUGUCCUGUUUUCAAUGAGACCUUUAUAUUUAAGAUACCCUACACAGAGUUGGGUGGUCAGACUCUGGUACUUCAGGUUUUUGACUUUGACCGCUUUGGCAAACACGACGUCAUCGGCGAGAUCAAGAUUCCUAUGAACACAGUGGACCUCGGACAGCCCAUCCAUGAAUGGAAGGAUCUGAUUGGAGGAGAGAAAGAGGAGCAAGAGAAACUUGGGGAUAUCUGCAUUUCCCUUCGCUACGUACCCACGGCUGGCAAACUCACAGUUAACAUCAUGGAGGCCAAGAAUUUGAAGAAGAUGGAUGUUGGAGGACUGUCAGAUCCCUUUGUCAAAGUGGUGCUGCAGCACAAUGGGAAACGACUGAAGAAGAAGAAGACGUCUGUGAAACAAAACACUCUGAAUCCGUACUUCAAUGAGAGCUUUAGCUUUGAGAUCCCCUUCUCCCAGAUCCAGAAAGUCCAAGUGCUCAUCACCGUGUACGAUUACGACAAACUGGGAAGUAACGACCCCAUCGGCAAGUGCUGGAUCGGCUACGGCGCCUCAGGCGUUGGGCUACGCCACUGGUCCGACAUGUUGGCCAAUCCGAGGCGUCCGGUGGCUCAGUGGCACACCUUGCAGCCAGAAGAGGAGGUCGAUGCUGCUCUGAAGGCACCCAUUCGCUAAACACACACACUGUACACAGAGUCAUUGUCUAUUAUUCUAUAAUAUUUAAACAACCCUUUGAAGGGAUCGUCACUUGUCGCUCUAUAAAGUGUUUCACAUAAUCGAUACUUCACAUGCUGCGCAUUCUUGUGUAAAAAAAAAAAAUGUCCUGAUUGUCACAGGGCGGACAUGUCUUACAUCAGUUUAGGAUGGUGAAAUAUAUUAUUAUUAAUAUAUAAGUAUGUUUAGAAUAAAUGCAACUAUCACUUUGUACCUUGAUUGUUAUUGUACGAACUAUACAUAUUUAAUUAUAGGACAUUUUGGAUCAUGUGACAAUGCUUAAUGCAGGAGUGUCCAAACUUUGUCCAUUAUUUGACACAAGUAUUGGAACAUGUGGCUGGACAGGUGUGUUGUGUUGCCCAGGUGUGUCCUAUGAUAUUAAUAAUUCAAAUUGCACUGAAUUGGGUAGGAGUUUAGAGGCUCGUUUAGAAGUGAAAACAACAUGAAAAUCAAAGAGAAAGAAAGAAAGAAAGACGAAAGACACCACUCUACUAAGUAAAAGAUGUAAAAGAACAUGUAGAACAAGGAAAAGGAUGAAGAAAAUUACAUUAGCUACACCUGAAGAUACAACCCACUCAUUAGAAAGGCUGGAAUAUACCAAAAAAGUACAGAGAUAAGCCUAAAAAAUUCAGAGAUAAUGAUGAAAAUGGCAUCCGAGACGGAUUUUGGACACCCCUGCCUUAAAAUAGGUGAGGCAAAGUUAACAUUGUUCCUUUUGAGUUUGCAUUGUUAUGACUUCCGACAUGUUUCACCCCCGUUUCUUUAUGUCUUUACUAGGGGUGCUCCGAUCAGGGUUGCAUGCUGCUGAUUCUGAUACCAAUCAUCCAGGACUAAAAUCGGUUGAUAGCGAUCACAUGGAUUAAUUAUACAUUUAAUCCACAGGGGACCCAAAAAUGUUUUCAUUACUAAUAAAAUUAAUAAAUGGUACUCCGGUAUCCUCCCACAUUCAAAAAAACAUGCUAGGUCAAUUGGCGACUCCAAAUUGUCCAUAGGUAUGAAUGUGAGUGUGAAUGGUUGUUUGUCUAUAUGUGCCCUGUGUUUGGCUGGCGACCAGUCCAGGGUGUACCCCGCCUCUUGUCCAAAGACAGCUGGGAUAGGCUCCCGCACCCCACGCGACUCUCGUGAGGAUAAGCGGUAUAACAUGAAUGUAUGAAUUAGUAAUCAAUGGGGGAGGGAUAACAUAAUUUUGAAUCAGAAAAUUGGUGUCUUCCACCUUUGAGAGAGGCUGCUCUUGCCGGCCGAUACUGAUUGGAGCAUCCCUACUUUCAUGUAAAAUAGUGUUUAGUUACAUAUUUGUAUUCAUUCUGUUUCAUGGUGUUUGAAUAUGAACGCUGGAUAUGUAUUGUAUGUGAUUGUGUGUCAUACGGUGUCAAUGUACAUAAAACCAAAUUAAUAAAUUGAAUAUUUCACAA